CACACAGCGGUGAUGGGAUAAUACACAACGCAUGAAUGUACUGUGCAGCAGGACGAGUGUGUGAGGAGGAGGAGGGUCGUGUGUGUGUUUGAGGACAGAGUGUGAAGCGAGGAGUGCGAACGAGCUGAAGGAGCUUCCAUGAAUCUUCUGUUUUUUAUGCUGGAUGUGUUUUUGCAGCACUGCAGGCUGAGAAGGAGCUGGAAGAACUCUGGAACGUUUCCAGCUCCAGAUUCCUGAAAAAUGUUUCGGAUCCACAAUGUGAGGAUCCGUCAGAGCCGUUCAGCCUUCGUGGAAGCGUUGGGGUGUGAAUGUGUCGGUGGAAGGAGCGCAGCGCUGUGACGUCCUGACCGCGAACUUCCUGUCCUCGAGAUGAGCGUCUCUGAGCCCGCUAACAGUUUCCCCGUCAGUGGGGUGGGCGGCUCCCGCAUGAAGCUCCCUCUCCACAGUGCGGGAGACCACAACGGGAAUGCUUUCCCAAUUUCAUCUUCCUCCUCAUCUUCCUCUUCCUCGUCCUGCCUCGGGGAGUCGUCUCCUGAGUCACUGCGGAGUCUGAGCAGCCUGAGCGAAGGCCGGACCGACAGCCCGCUGGACUACAACAUGUUCGACGUUACCCUGACGACGGUGAAAACUGUGACUCUGAAGUCUGUCGUUUCAGACUGGACGCCAGAGGAGGAGCGUAACCCGGACGACGGCGAUGACGGCGAUGACGGUGACGACGCCUCGUUGGGGAAAUCUCAAACUGUGGCAGAGUCAACCGACAACUCCGUGUCGGUUUACCUGGACGCCAACGGCGACGACUGCCAGCAGGACAGCUGGAACGACAACCUGACGCUCGCCCUGUCACUGACAGGAAACGGCGGCUUCAUCAACGAGGACCUCAGCAGUGGAAGCAGUAACGGGAGAAGGCGCAGCUCCGCAACUCCAGACUCGGACGCAACAGAAGUCCCUGAUGAUGAUGAUGAUGAUGAUGAAGAGGAGGCAUUGUUUGUGUCUGUGAGCUCUGAUGUGGAUGUGCAGAGAAGCAGUACGACGAUCACGAGCUCAGGGAGUCGGUCAGGUGUCGGCAUCGUGACGUCAGGUGUGAAUGCUGAGCUGGAGGAGGUGGAGGUGGACGGGCCUGCGGUCCACUGUCCUCCGUCCACAGGACGUCACACAGAUCCUCCCGCCUCUGAAGACCUCAGUGAAGACACACAGAUGCCGACUGAAGAUGUUAAGAAAAUGAGCUCUCCUCCACCUGAAGAGGCUGAAACAGGUGUAGAGGGCUCCAAACCUCCGCCCUCCCAGCCUGAUGUGAGUCUGGCAGCAAGACCCAGACCUGCUCCCAGGUCAGCCGUCUCCACAGCUGCCAAACCGCCCGGUCCAGAAGCAAAGAGGGUUUCCAGAGUGGACUUAAAAACAGUCAAAGCUAAAGUGGGAUCACGGCCCGCCCCCUCCCCACCUAAACCUGCCACCCAGAAUAAAUCUGCCCCGUCCAAUGGGAAGAGAGCUGUGGUGAGGAAGGAGGAGGUGCAGGCCGGCGAUGGAGGUAAAAGACAGAGGUCGUCUGCAGGUCCCAUCAAAGUGGCUGUGAUCAGAGGAAAGAGCAGGAACAUCAAGCCAAACCACAGGAAAGCAGCCGGGGACCCGGCCGCGCCGCAGGAGAAGAGUUUAUCCGUCAGUCGAACCCUGUCCACUUCGACCAGCUCGCUGGGCUCCGAGGUCGCUGGGGAAAAACGCCUAAAUGAUCCCAGGAAGGCCGGCCGGGACGUGCCCGAUAAACAUGGAAAAUCUGAUGAGGAGGAAGCAAAAUGCCCAAAUAAGGAGUGUGUGGAGGAGCAAACGGAGGGCUCGGGAGAGGCUUUGGUGUCGGCUGCCGCCGAGGAGAAACCACGGACGCCUAGCAGGAAAGUCUCCUCCAAGCUGGGACCCAGCCCCAGGCCUCAGGGGAGAGGCACCAGAGUGGACCGGGGGCCCUCGGGACCAGCUCCAGGCUCGGGGACUGGACCUCCAGGUCAGGGGAGCUCCGGUCCCAGGCAAGCCCAGACGGAUGGCUCCACACUGGGAGGUGGGCCGAGCGCUGGGAGUGGAGGUCCAACCACCAAGAGUCAGGGCAUCCCCAAACCUCGCACCUCUGCAGCCUGUGGUCCCACAGCAGCUAAACCGACAGCCAAUCAGCAACCGGGGUCAGCAGGGCGCCCCGCCACACCCACCGCCGCCUCAAAACUUCCUGUUAAAGGGUUACCCACAAGCCUUAGCUCCUCCUCACUGGGAAGUAACGAGAACAAUGGAGGCGUGAGCAAAGCAUCUCCAGCAGCACCAACAGGGGCCGUACCAGACGAGCGGCCCAGCAGAAGCACACUUCCUGUGGGCAGCCAGAGUGCAGCAAAGCCCUCCGCCUCCAGCAGCACCACCAGCACCAGUACUCCCAGUGACGCUGUUACAAACGGUCCCAGCACUGCUGCUCCAAAACCUCCCGCCCUGAGGAGCAGAGCUCUGUCUCUGCAGGCCAGGACCUCCAGCACAGGUCUGAAGCCCCCGACGAUCACCAACCAGAACGCAGCGAGGACGGCAGCCGCGAAGUCGAACCCCGCUGCCGGUCAGGGGCUCACGAAGCAGGCGACACAGUCCCCGUUACAGCGCAGCGGCUCGGCGAGGGUCAGCCGGCUGAACGGCGCAGUGGAUAAAAACAACAAGCCGCGGGAGGCACCGGGGAAAACGCCGUCACACACCGGCAGCAGCUCGCAGACGGCAGCAUCCACCGGAGGAAACAACCAGAACCUGCAGCUGCCUCCACCCGACCUGAUACCAGAUGACGUGAAUGCUAAUGCACCAGUGGCACCAGUUCCUCCAGUGCCUGCCACUAACACCACCAACACUGCCACGUCAGGAACCGCCGGACCCUCGACUCUCGGUUUGAAAGCGAGAACCGGGCCACGAUCCGGCCCCAGAGCCGGGUCCCGUCUUCAGAGCGCGUCCAGAGCUGGCGGCCAUGGAGGCGCGGUGGCGUCGGACGGGACGAACGCGAUCAAACAGAACCACAGCAAAGAGCAGGCAGAGAAGAAGAACCAGGCCAUCGUUCAGCUGAGGAAGCUGCUCGUGCAAGGGAAUAAAAAAGUGGAGGCUCUGGCUACAGUCAUCCAACAUCUCUUCACUGAGCGUGAGGAGACCCUGAAGCAGAAGAAGGAGCUGUCGCAGGAGCUGGCCAACCUCCGGGACGAGCUGGUCGUGUCAUCGCAGUGCUGCGAGCGUCUGCAGAAGGAGAAGCAGGAGGCGCGCAUUGGCUUCGAGGAGGCGCUGAAGAGGCUGCGGGAGCAGCACCGGGAGGAGCUGGCACAGCUGGAGGAAAGGCUGACCAGUUUUUACCAAACCGAGUGGGACAAAGUCCACCAGACGUACCAGGAGGAGGCGGACAAAUGUCGCGUCCUGAUGGAGAAACAGGUGGAGGAGCUGAGGAGCCGACAGGAAGUGGAGAGGAAGAAACAGGAAGUGAGUCACAGCCAGAAGAUGGAGUCUUUGAAACAGCAUUACGAGGCCUCAUUAGAAGAGAUGAAGACGAUCCAUCGUUCCGACCUGGAGACUCUGGAAAAAGCCCUGAAGGACACUGAAACUUCUCUCUCUGAAAAACUCACCGAGCUCACGGCGGAGAAAGAAGACCUGAGCGAGAAGCUGCGAGCCGAGGAGGAGAGGAGGAAGAGGAUACUCACCGACAAGAAUCUGAAGGACUCCCACACUGUGUACCUGGAGAAGGAGCUGGAGAGUCUGAAGGUGGUGCUGGAGAUCAAGAACAACCAGCUGCAUCAGAAGGAGAAGAAGCUGAUGGAGAUGGACAAACUGGUGGAGACGAACGUGAAGCUGGAGGAGUGCCUGAAGAAGGUGCAGCAGGAGAACGAGGACUACAAGGCCAGGAUGGACAAACACGCCGCGCUGUCCAAGCAGCUGUCCAGCGAGCAGGCCAUACUGCAGCAGACGCUGCAGAAGGAGUCAAAGGUCAACAAGCGGCUGUCCAUGGAGAACGAGGAGCUGCUGUGGAAGCUGCACAACGGCGACCUGCUGGCGAGCCCCCGCCGCCUCUCGCCCACCUCCCCCUUCAGCUCGCCGCGGAACUCCGCCUCCUUCCCCACAGCUGCGCCGUUAUCGCCCAGAUAACCCACCGGCCCCCCGCGCUCCCCCCUCCCGAGUUGGAGCGGUGCCGCUGGACGUGAAGCCAUCGCAGACUUGUACAGUUUUCAAUAAAUAUCUUAUUUUGAAAAGACGCUGCAGCGGCACCGACGCACUUAAACCAGAGCGCGGCUCCGGGCCGAGCUCGCCGUCUCGGAACGCCCGGUCCUCCUCGGAGCGUUCUUCCUCCUCUGAAGAAACCAGCAGGCACGCCUCAGGGUCUGUACAUAGCUCCUCCUCCCUGACCGCUGCUCCGCUCGCCUCCUCGGGGGGAAACCUUGGAUUCGUGGAUGUUUGUGGAAACGCUCCGGGCUGUUUUGGUUCCACGGAUCACAGACUCUUUUUUUUUUUUUUUUUUCCCCCUCCAAAGAGCGAAGCUCAAUCAGCGUCCCGCCUGGGACGGAAUCACGCCUCGCACAGACCUCUGCCCUGUCACGACCUCGACCUUAACCUGCUUUGUGGAAUGUAAUCACCCGUGGAUGUUCGACGUUGGGGGCCGGCCUCAGAGCCAGAUAUGCAGACCAGUGCCCAAUCAGAACGGAGUCUGACCUGCUGUGCCGUGCCCCUCCCUCACUGACACACUGGCCUGUUUUACUGUUUCUGUUUGUCCUGAAAAACCUCAGAUUUACCUAGAAUGCCUCAGUGUAUAAUGUUCUUUUAUUUUGGACAGAAUAAAUGCGACAUGACAUCAUA